CGCUGGUCUCUUGGUGGAGGCCGGAAGAACGUUCUCUGCCAUUUGCUUCGAGAUAGCACUGAUGGCAAACCAGUUAAGUGCAACAGGAUUUCGACGUCUUGUAAGGGCCUGAAGGCAUGUUCCUCCAACACUGACACAUUCAUCAAUGCCACCCAUUCAUACACCCACCGGGCACACAUCAGCGAACUUAUCACUCCUACCAGAGCAUUUUCUCCCGCUGAUGAUUCAGCAGAACGUGAAGUUUUCACCAAGACAUUUGCAUUUUUCUGUGCACUUAAGGUACACGGCUGUAGUUUCCGUACCAGCACUGAGUUCACAGAUUUCAACUUCAAGAAUGACUCAAACAUCGACCCCAAUGACUACGAACGUGCUCUUGUGACUCCCACCGCCGUAUCCUCACACUCUCCAACGUCUUGUUUGGGCAACCUUAUCAUGCGCACUGAUAAAUACAAUCAACGAUUCAUCCAAUGUGAACAUCAUUCACGUGCUGACCGGGCACAUCUCAUCCUUUGGAACCUUCAAGAAUUCAAUAUCAACUAUCUUCAAGCAUUGCUCGCUCACGACAUCGCAGCAAUUGUUAUUCAUGAAGAACGUGCGGAACAUUGUGGUUAUGGACCCCUGGUGCCUUGCGAUUUUGUUGCUUCGCCAGUCGAGCACAAGCAAACAUGUGCUCGUUGGCACAGGAACGUAGCCGGCAUGUUGGAACGUGGUCGUCUCCUUAAAUGGGAGCACGACUGCCAGUCAAAAUUCGAUAUCUUUGUCCCUGUCAACCUCGUCGCUGUACCCCGCAUCGCUAUUGUGUGUCGCAACCCACACUCUCACCCGCCACCUGCUCCAAUCAAAACACCACCUCCACUCGUUGAUUUGUUCAGGUCGUUGCUAAUGGAUAUGGAUUGGGAGCUCGCCGAUGCAACUCCUAGACGUAUUCUAUGCGACUCUGGAUUCAUGCGGGGGCUACGUACGGCUUUGGGUUGGACACUGGACCGCAGUCCAACUCUUGCCGACCUUCACCCAUCUCUAGCGAAUCUCGAUCAUGUGCACCGUCUCAUGUAUAAAUUCCGUCAUGACAAGUAUCCAAUGGGGACCGGCUUUCAAGGUGCAAAACUGCUCGUCGACAAGGAGAAUGAGCUGCCACGUCAUGCGCGCUAUGUUCGGUGCGCAGAAACACACACUCUCCCCGGUGGUGUUGAUUUCCGUCUCAUUGUUUGUAUGAGUCCCUUGAUGUCGCGCCAUCUACUGCUCGCACGCCGUGUGUCGAUUGACACGUCAUUCAAGCGCUUGCAUGGCUGGCAAGAAUUUGAGAUUGAAGCAUGGGACAACAACCACAUGCGAUCUCUUACGGGUGCCCGAGCAUUCAUAAAUUCACAAUCUGCGCAGGCACACUUGGUUCUUUUCCGCCGAAUCUUUUCAAUCGCCAGCGAGGACACAGGAACACCGGUAUCUUUCAAACACAUCCAUGGUAGUGGCUAUGAGUCAGUAGUGGCAGAUGCUCAUAUGGGUCAGGGUCUCGGACUUGGAAUGUUUUGCUCAGAGCUUAGCAAAAACAUCAAGACUCCAUGCAUUUACGAACCGCAUCGCAAGUUAUGCGAUCUGACUCCCUACGAUCACCUUCGCCGGUUCUACCGUUUGUGCGUUGUCCAUUUCAAGAGGAACUUGCGGCCGCUUCAAUCACAGGUGUCGAAGGAGGUAUAUAAUGCCAUGCUGAGUCUAUCUUCAUCGGAUGCACAUCCCAAUUUUCAGAGGACACUCAGUGUCAUCAGAGGUGGCGGCCGAAAAGCUGAAGCAUGGCUUAAGGACAAACUUCAGACUAACAAGUUCGCAUUGCCCGCGCUAUACCGUCCUGCGAGCUUCAUACCUGAAGAUAUUUGGCGUGCAUGCCCAACCACCACAAAUGGCAACGAGCAGGCCCACCGCAACAUCAACUGUGAUGGGGUGCACUUAACGCUUCUCGGAGGUAUCAUGAGAGGCCGAGCCUUCGACGACCGAGCGGCACAGAGCAUCGACGUUCAUGCAUCAUUGGGCAUCGGCACUCGUGAUCGUGAUGCUACUCAUGCCUACCGAGCCUCAAGAAGCAUCACUCGUCAAGGUAAUCUUCGUCUAUGUCAUUUACCCAUUGUUUUGACAGCAUCUUAG